CUCGAUCAAUCGGAGGCAGCGGUGUUGGGCUCCCACGUGGAGGAAAAGAGCCGGAGAGGCAAAGCCAGCACCAUGCUGCGUCGCGAGGCCCGACAGCGCCGCGAAUACCUACAGCGCCGAGCACAGGAGGAGCGGGUUCGGGCCAGCAGCGAGCGCAAGGAGCAGCUGCGGGCGGCGCUGGACGAAAACCGGCUCCUGCCCACCGAGCUCCGCCGCGAGGCCCUGACCCUGCAGCGCGCCCUCGAGUUUGACGGGCCUGGUGCUGACGGCCUGCAGGUGGCUGAGGAUGACGAGUACCGCUGGGCAGGGGCCGAAGACCCCCGCGUCAUGGUGACAACCUCGCGAGACCCCAGCGCGCGCCUCAAAAUGUUUGUGAAGGAGCUGAAGCUGGUGUUCCCGGGAGCACAGCGGAUGAACCGGGGCCGGGCAGAGCUGGGGACACUGCUCCACGCCUGCCGCGCCAAUGGCCUCACUGACCUGCUGCUGCUUCAUGAGCAUCGUGGUGUCCCUGAUGGGCUGAUUGUGUCACACCUGCCACUGGGCCCUACAGCCUACUUUACACUGGCCAACGUGGUGAUGCGCCAUGACGUACCUGGGAUCGGCCCUGCGCCCCAAGCUGCCCCUCAUCUCAUCUUCCAUGGCCUCACCUCUCGCCUGGGCCAGCGUGUGAGUUUGGGUGGGGCCUCUGAGGAACAGGUGACGAGCAUCCUCAAGUACCUGUUCCCAGUGCCCAAAGAGGACAGCAAGCGCGUGGUCACCUUUGCCAACCAGGAUGACUACAUCUCCUUCCGGCAUCAUGUGUACAAGAAGCUGGACCAGCACAACAUCGAGCUCACUGAGAUCGGGCCCCGGUUUGAAAUGAAGCCGUACAUGAUCAAGCUGGGACCACUGGACCAGGAGCCAGUGGCUGAUGUGGAGUGGCGCUGGCACCCCUACACCCGCACUGCCCCCAAGCGCCGCCUGCUUAGUGCUCCCUAGGCCCAGAUACCUAGGUUCUCUCCUGCCGGGGGCUGCUGGGGGCUUGGAUGCUUGGGUUUGCUGCCCCAUGGUGGGGCUUGGUCCAUGAGUGGACACCAGGGUUCCUUCCUAAUGGUGGUAGUUCUGGAUCCACAAUUUGGAGCCUGGAUGCUUGGGUUCCCUGCCCAGUGUGGGGGGGCUCUGGCUCUAGGAUCAGGCUUUUGGAUGCUCGAGUUCCCUGCUUGGUGUGGGGUAUUCUGAGAUCUGGGUCUCUUGCCCCGUGGGGGGGUGGGGCUUCGGGCCUGGGAUCAGGGUCACAGAUGCCUGGGUACCCUGUCCAGUGUGGGAUAUUUUGGGGGUC